CGGUGAGCGGUGUCCUUCAAAAUGUCUUUUAACUCAACUAAAGCCUUAGAAAUUGGCCAGUAUUUUACAAAAGACAUUGAAGACCCUGUCAACCUGAUUCCGGUGUUAUUGGUGUUAUUCUGUUUCAUUUGGAGUGGUUUUCCGCGCGGUAAACAUUCAGCUUUAGCGUGGUGGGCGCUCGUUAAUGGCUGUAUAAUCCAUUGCUGGAUGGACGGGUAAGAUCAGAUCUAUCGUUGUAAUCUUAACGCUAGUUUGAUGUUCUGAGUAGUGUAUUGAAAGUUUUUUAGUUGAUAGGUCUAAAUUGCCUCCGAGAUUUGAUCUGAGGUACAUCUCAGAGAUGGGCGCCAUUAACAUAAGCUUAAGUCUAAGCCAAAGGCUUAUUUAAACUCAUUUUCCCGAAAAAAUUCCAGGCUACGGAUAAACUCCGCGUUUAUUGCAAUAUUUGAGGUAUAAAUGCAGGAUAGAGGGGUGCCAAGAAAAAGGAAUGAAAUCUCUUCUUUAGAAAAUCUCAGAUUCAGGCCCCCGAGGCUCGAGGAGGCAGCCAAGGGAAGUUUGGGUGAAGCCGCUUAUGACAAAACUCCUUCAUUUCGCUCCCCUUUUUCAGACAAUAGACCUUUUGAGGGGGACAUUGGGGGGUACCCAACACCGAAAUACCGUAGGAAAUAUUGGCAAAUUCCGAAAUACUGUGUCAAAAAUCAAUGAAAUACUGAUACCGCAUUCAUGAUCGGUCACGUUUAUGCAUCAGUCAUUCCAGCUGUGCCUAGCCCCCCCGGGCUGACUCCCGGGCAUUAGCAUUUUUUUUGCCUUGGAUGGCAAAUUCCCGGGGGUGGGGAUUCUUGAGCUGUCCUCCGUCAACGCUGCAAAUUUUUUCAUUGAUCGCGCAGUCAAAUAGUGCCGUUUUAAGCAUUUUAAUGAGCGAUUUUUUGUUUCAAUUAACGUCUUCCUUUGUAAUAGUGCUAGGAUUCUCAUUAAGACUUCACGCUAAGACUUCAGUUAUGUUAUUACAGUCCCUCUAUUUUUCUCGCGUCCUCCCAAACCGCCUUUGCCGCCUAAGUAGGUUUGACACUCAAGCAAGAUAGCAGCCCACAACGCAAAUCGUUUGAUCUCGAUGAUCUUAUGGAAAAAUAGGGGACUGUCAACAGUCUAGUGUGCAUGUCAAAAGCUUGGGAAUGGCCCCGGGGUUGGCAAAUGCCCUGUCCCCGGGCAGCACAAAAUUUGCAAAUGCCCCACUCCUGGGACUGACAAGGCGGGCAAAUGCCCUGUAGUAGCCGGGGGGUGGGGGGGCUGGGCACAGCUGGAAUUGACUGAUGCAUUACUUAAAGCUGUAUCCAUCUUGCAUGUUUGUUUAACAUUGCGAGAAAACAUGAGAAGACCACCACUAUUUGCCUUGGACCAAUGUGACUUCCCUGAAGUUGUGCAUCAAGCUCAUCUUUGACCAUUAAAAUGAAGGAUGUUGAAAGUGCAACAAAAGGAUCAUGGUUCGACAUGUGUGAUUUUUGUUUUUUUUAUAUGGGCAAUUUAAGGAUUUAUAUGUACCUUAUUCCUCUCGUUUUUUUUCUCCAUUUUUAUUUUGUCGUUAUUGUGAGGAAUCAUUUGUGAAGGAGUGCCUUUGGAGUGAUGCUUGUCUGUGAUGAAGCCAAUAGAGUAACAUUAAUAGUAAAUUAUAGUUUAAAGUAUUGAUAAACUUUUCUUGUUUAUUAAUUCAGGGUGGUCGGUACCUGUGCCCGAGGACCAAAGUGGAUGGUCAUUGAAUAUGGCAAACUAGAUGCUCGUUACUGGCCAACUAAGGAUCCUCUAGUCAUGUCAAUUUCAUUUUUGGAACUGGGUGUAAUGGGCCCUCUUUGCAUCCUCUGGUAUGUCUUACGUUUAUCAUUCAACUUCAUUUACUUGAAAAUAUAUUACCUCAUUUCCUAUAUACAUACGAGGAGAGCAAGGGAUUGGCCAUUGGUAAGAGCACUCGUCUCCUGCCAAUGUGGCCUGGGUCUAAAUCCCUGCAUCAAUGCCAUAUGUGGGUAGAGUUUGUUACUGGUUCUCUCCUUUGCUCUGAGAGGUUUUUCUCUGAGAUAUCUGGUUUUCCUCUCUCCAUAAAAACCAACAUUUCCAAAAUUCCAAAUCAACCAGGAAUCAGGUAAGCAAAGAACAACUUUGUGGAUGUGCUACCCCUCUAAAUCAUUAGUUAUUGCAUCUACAUGUACCCUCUACAUAUGAUCUUUGGUUGGGAUCAAUUUUAUCCUUAGUUAAGGAAAGUGCAUCUUGAUUACUAACAACUCCAUAGCCAAGAACUAAGGAAAAAAUUCUGUGCCAAUUUUAACACUAAACCAUCUGAAAUGUUAUGCACUUAAGAUGAAGUGUACAUGUACAUAGUUUGCAGUUAAUAAAAGUGCGACCCCAAAACACUUAUACAGUCAAACCCUGCUAUAAAUGGACACCAGCUUAAUAUGGACACCUCAUUAUUACGGACAGUUUACGUUGUCCCUGGGGAAAGAAAGCCUGUACAUCUUCUCUAAACUCAACCUGCUUAAUAUGGACACCCUGUUAAUACGACACUUUUUAUGACCCCCUCAGUGUCCGUAUUAACAAGAUUUGACUUUAAUAAUAUUGAAAAUCUUGGUGGAAGGGGAGGGGAGGAGAGGGGUUUACCACUUUGCAAAUCUACCUGUAGAGGUGGGAACUAAAAAACUUUGUAGUAGCCCAUAUGGUCUUCUAAUUUUCCAAGAGAUUUUGAUGUCACCCUACCAAUACAAGAAUACUCCCUUAUAAGAAAAUCUCAGUCUCCACAUCUGUUAUGAUUGAAAAAAAUCUACAUGUAAAAUAAAAUGUAAUUUAUUUACCCCAGAAAUACAUACAGGAACUUGCUUGAAAGUGUUUGUUUCAAAUAAAAAUAACUUGAUUUUGGAAGUUGUUUUUUGAGGAUAGGAAACACCUGGAGAAUAAGAAGUGUCUCAGAGCAAGGGCGAGAACCAACGACAAACUCGCCCAUGAGACUCUCUAUGGUCUGGGUAAAAUUUCAGAGAAAAUUGAAGUCACGAUCAUCGCUAUUGAUGAAAUGAUAAUCUUAAUUUAAAAUGAAAGCGAAGAUCACAUUCAUUGCCAUUUCGAUCAAGUAUGACAGCAUAAAUGUAAGUUGUGCAAUGAUGGCAAAGGAAUCUCACUGCCAAAAAGUGUGCUACACAUUCAGAGUUUUUACCUUUACCUUUUUGUAUGUUCUAAUUUCUGUCACUGACAUGGUUGCUUGAGCUUGUUGGUAGCAUUACCACACCAAACAAUUCUGGAUAUAUGACAAUUUCGUUGAAAACCAAAUGAUUUGCUGGAAAAUGUGUGAGGAAACAAUGUCUGCAAGUACCCAUAGUGAGUCUUACCCAUAUAGCAUUGAAGUUAAAACUUAUACCCAAUAAGCCAUUUCCCCACCUGAAGCCCCAUUAUUAUUUUUUUAAUUUCUUAUUUUUUCUGUUCUUGAUAUCGUAGCUGCUUUCUUCUUUUUCCUCAGGUACAGAUCCAUUGUCAAGGAUCUAUGGUGGCGUCAUUUUAUGUCAAUUUUGGUGUCAACUUUCCAGAUUACAGGCUGCAUUUUGUAUUGUGGUGGAGAGGCUUAUGAUGGCUUCAAACAUGUUCCUUUGGUGAGCUCAAUAAAUCAGGAUGAAUAUUAUUUUGAUCAUCAGUUUAUUGAUAAAUAAUUAUUUAACAAUAAUUGAUGAAUGAGGCUGAGUAUCUUAUGAAGAAUUACGGAGAUCAAGGAGGAUAACACCCUCCGAGAUCUCCAUAAUUCUUCAUGUGAUAUGGAAGCCAAAUUCAAUAAUUGUUUUAUUAUUCAUUCAAACUAAUUCCUAGCUUAAAAACAUACUUAACACAUGCUUACCUCCAUCGAUGUUAAGUUCAUUUUUGAUAGUGCACAUUGAGGGUUGUUCAGCUCCCCAAAUAUUCUCCAAAUAGCGGAUGUCGCCCCUUGAGUUGUCUUCUUGCUCCUUCUCGCCAUGUUUUUAGCCAUUAAUUCACCUAGUUCUUACUCUUGAAACGAGUGAAAUGUCCGCCAUUUUUGUUUGCACAGCCAAAACAACUCAUCCUCAUCCCCAGGUGUUCUCAGUUAAUGGUGCAUUAACCUGAAAGAAAGCUGCAUCAUCAGUUGAUUAAUCGCAAAAUUCUUCCAAAUUUGGUCAUCAGUAGCUGGUUAUGGUGAAUUAUGGGUGUGCUUUUAGCCAAUCAGAAUCUGGGAAAUAUUUUGAAUGAAUAAUAAUAACAAUAAAUCAUUUGUAUUUUUGUAGGACUGGCCACCCACAUUUGACAGUUUUGAAAAGGUGUUCUAUUUCUGGACCAUCUAUGUGUGCGCUAAUGGUGUUUGGAUUGUUGUUCCAACAACAAUCAUGCUACAGACUCUGUCAGAAAUGAAGGACAUAUAUAGUCCUCCUACUAGUUCAAAGAAAAAACGCAAUUAACCAUAGUAGUUGCUUGACGUAGAAAAUGCUAACCGUAUCUUCUCAAUUCAACCCUCCUGGCUCCAGC